GGGACUUUUGAAGAGAACUCCAAUAAGCGGCGUAAGGGGUGGGGACCUACUUACCCCAGUUCUCCCGAGCCCAUGGCCAUCAAGCUGGGACGCGAUAUAGUUCUAAUACCUGAUGCUAAAGUGCUGCCGCCGCCGGUGCGCGACGUCAAGGUGACGGGCGCCAACGGCUGGCUGCAGCUGGCCUUCCCACAGGUGCGCGAGCCGCGGCGCAGCCUCGUUGGAUACCGCGUGGGCUACAGGCGCCACGGCGAACGCAAGUGGCGCUACGUGGUGUCGAAGGCGGUGCAGUACUCGAGCGAGCGGCCGUUCGUGCGUCCGCGCCACCCGUGCCGCGCCUUCCGCGCCGACCGCACCUUCUGCGUGCUGCUCACGGACCACGUGCGCCUCGCGCACGCCCUCGACGCGCGCCUCUACCACCUCACGACGUUCCGCAUCGUGCCCGAGGAGGAGGAGGAGGUGAUUAGCCCUGAGACGUUCCGUACCUCCUUCAACCUGACGUCGUGCGACUGGGCGGUGGAGGGCGCCUGCCCGGCCAUCGGCGUGGACGAGGGCCUCACCACCGGCGCGCCGCCCCCCGCCAGCCGCCGCGCCCGCGCCGUCUCCCGCACGCCCCCGCCGCUCCACGCCACCGUCCCCUACCCCCUCAAGCGCAAGGGCCCGCCGCGCCCCGACCAGCAGAUGCAGGAGCGCUUCAAGAAGUACCGCAGGGAGAAGAACCUCUGGAUCCACUUCCUCAGCCUGAGCCUCGCGCUCGCGCUCUUCGGCGGCCCGCUGCUGCACAUGGCCGCCAAAUGGCAGACAAGUGAACUCAGAGGUACAUCAGAGAAGCAGAUUAAACAGCAUCGGAUGAGGUAUGGAGGAAAGCUGGCGCGGUCAUUCUGGUCCAAAAUGAAAAAUAACGUCGAGAAACAGGAAAUAGAAAGUAAGCCUAUUGUUUCGGUUGAAGAGUAUCGGAGUAGCAGAAAACAAGAAUCUUUAUGGAAUGGAAAAUCUGUUGUGUAUUUCCAUGGAAUGGCUUGAGCAAAUACUGAAUGAUUUGCAUCAGCAAAGAGGAGGAAU